CCUCUCUCUGUCUCUCUCUGUCUCUCUCCAAGGCUCUGGUAAGGGAGGGGGCUCUUGUCCCCUCCUCCCACCCGGUGCAUUCUGACGUUGCGCGGCAGGGAAGGAGGGAGGGCCUAGUAGCGGCCGCUGGGAUACAGGCUUCCAACAUGUCUGCGCUGCUGACUGCGCUUGGAUUGCGAGGGCAGAGGCCGACGAACGGAGAGGCCACUGCGUGAGGAGGAGAAAGUAGAAGAAGGCGAAGGCGUUCUGUUAGAGCUGUAGCCUGACCCGACCCGAAGCCUAAGUGGGGGAGACGGAGGCUCCUUCCGCGGGCGGGCGCGGAGUUUCUAGUCAAGCCAAGAGGCUGCGGCGCCAGGAAAUUCCAAGUUACAGCAAGUAUUGCAUUCUGCAUGAUUUGAAGGCUUUCAAGUUUAAUCUGUUCUAUGCCUAUUGGCUGAAGGAAUGUAAACCAUAAGUUUUUAGAACUGAACAAAAAUUGGCAGAAGUACAGAUAUCUUUGUAAAUUAGGAAACAUGGGUGCAUUUUUGGAUAAACCAAAAACUGAGAAACAUAAUGCUCACGGGGCAGGAAAUGGCCUGCGUUAUGGCCUCAGCAGUAUGCAAGGCUGGAGAGUUGAAAUGGAAGAUGCUCACACAGCUGUUGUAGGAAUUCCUCAUGGUUUGGAGGACUGGUCUUUCUUUGCUGUUUAUGAUGGUCACGCAGGAUCUCGUGUGGCAAAUUACUGCUCAAACCACUUAUUAGAACAUAUCACUAACAAUGAAGACUUCAGGGGAACAGAACAGCCUGGCUGUGCUCUUGAACCUUCAGUAGAAAAUGUUAAGAGUGGAAUCAGAACUGGCUUCUUGAAAAUUGAUGAAUAUAUGCGCAAUUUUUCAGACCUCAGAAAUGGCAUGGACAGGAGUGGCUCAACAGCAGUGGGAGUUAUGAUUUCACCUGAGCACAUUUAUUUUAUCAACUGUGGAGAUUCACGUGCUGUUCUAUAUAGGAAUGGACAGGUCUGUUUUUCAACACAAGAUCACAAGCCUUGCAAUCCAAGGGAGAAGGAGAGAAUUCAGAAUGCAGGCGGGAGUGUCAUGAUUCAGCGUGUUAAUGGCUCAUUAGCAGUGUCUCGUGCUCUGGGGGACUAUGACUACAAAUGCGUUGACGGCAAAGGUCCUACAGAACAACUUGUUUCUCCAGAACCAGAGGUUUAUGAAAUUGUAAGAGCUGAAGAGGAUGAAUUUAUUGUCUUGGCUUGUGAUGGAAUCUGGGAUGUAAUGAGCAAUGAGGAGCUCUGUGAAUUUGUUAAAUCUAGGCUUGAAGUAUCAGAUGAUCUGGAAAAAGUGUGCAAUUGGGUAGUGGAUACCUGUUUACACAAGGGAAGUCGUGAUAACAUGAGUAUUGUUCUAGUUUGCUUUUCAAAUGCUCCUAAGGUCUCAGAUGAGGCAAUGAAAAGAGAUGCAGAUUUGGAUAAGCAUUUGGAAUCACGAGUGGAAGAAAUUAUGGAGAAGUCGGGUGAAGAAGGAAUGCCUGACCUUGCUCAAGUUAUGCGCAUUUUGUCUGCAGAGAAUAUCCCAAACUUGCCACCAGGAGGUGGUCUAGCUGGCAAGAGAAAUAUUAUUGAAGCUGUUUAUAACAGGCUGAACCCACACAGAGAGAAUGAGGGGGGUGCUGGCGAUCUAGAAGAUCCAUGGUAGCCUUACAGAUCUACUAAAAUGCUUUUGAAUCUGAAAAAAGGGGGAAAAACUUUUAAUCAGUUUUCUUCAAUACAAGGGAAAAAUUCUGGUGAAUUUCCAACAUUUUGUGAAAUGGGCAGAAAGAAAUUAUUAGGAUUUUCCAUCAUUUGUUCAUAUUUGUGUUUUCUGAUAUUGCCACUCUUAGCAUUGCCUAUACUACAGUAUUUUUACCAGCCUUGGGCAUAUUGAUUACAUCAAUGUGGAGCCAGAGCCCUAAAAACCAAGGAAUAAUGCUUGGAGCACUUCACUAAAUGUACAUAAAGUACCAUGGGAUUGUAGUUGUAUCCUGAAGACACUGUGUUUAACAAAACUUACAAUACCUGCACACCUGAGUGCAAAUAAUUGUAACAAGACACUUAUUUCACCAUACCAAGAUGGAAAACUUUUACAGCUCUGGGCUUUGGAAGUCAUUCAGUUGGGCAAUAUGCUAUAGGAUGUGUAUUUUUUUUUUUUUAAUUUUUCCAGUUUUACCUGUAUUACCAGACUGUUAGGCUUUCCCUACAGUGUCCAAAUUGUGAUAUGUUGCCUAUUGCUUGCUUGAGAUAAAGUGUAUUUGGCAAUAAUAUAAGGAGAUUUUAGGCAUCUAAACAAAUACAAAUUUUACGCAUGUGUAUAACACAUCUUUAAACUCUUGCUACAUCUUUUUAAACCAAACAACUUAAUUUAUGGUUAGUUGUAAUUUGCUUUGUCAUCUCACUCAUUGCUAGGAGUUUUUUUAAAUGCUGAAUAUUUGCCUUUAUUAUAAUGUAAAUUGUGAUUUUGUUCUAAAUGUGGUUUUCUAUAGUUUUUUUUCCUUUGAUUUCUCUCAGCUUAAAAGAGAGGUCUUGUGUAAUAUGGGUAUAAUUUUUAAUUGUUUGCAUUAUUUACAAAGUUCAAAUUAUCACUUUGAGAUUACUAUAAAUACAGCUAAAAUUAUCUAUUUUAAAUCUAAGAAAAUAUUAGAGAUAUUUUCAUGGGUUCAGUGACCUUUCAUUUUAUAAGCAAUGGGCAUGGUACAGAGUGGCCGUCAUGUAAGGUACUUGAAGAUUCUUAGUUUAAUUCUAUUUUUGCAAUAACCUUAUUUUUUUUCCUUAAUUCUUUUGAGUUGUGCAUGUAUUGAGUCCAGUUAAUGCUGAAAGUGGAGAAGAGUAUUUAUCUAAAAAUAAAUAAAUAAAAGCUAUUGGGGAGGGGAAAUAAUGAAUGUAUCCAUCUGUACAUGACUUACAUGCUGUGGAUGCCUUGUAAACAUUUUCCUAUUUGUUUAAACUGUGUUUCAAACAAGGAUGUAAUUGCCCUUCUGUGUAGUUUAAGCUAAUGACAGUCAUCAACUGGUUUUGUGUGAAAUAAAAUUCAUGGUAUUUUUCUGUAACCCUCCUCCCCCUCCCCUUACCUACACUUGGGUGUAAAUCCUUGUACACUCUUAUAACCUGGUUAUAUGGCCAGGUUCCCCAAACAUUUGGUUAUGUUUUUAUUUUGUUUUAUUAAGUUUUUUUUGGCAGUGGGGUGGUCUAGAAAGGAUUAUUGCCACAAUAUAUUUUAUUUAUUCAUUAGAUUUUAGUCUCGUAAGUUAAAAGGUGUUUUAAAUGAUGAUGUUAACAGGUAUUUGUCCCUAUUGUUUUUUUGUUUCAUUUUCCUUUGGGGGUUGUUAAAAGCUAGGGAACGAAGAAUGCAACAUGGUUUAUUGUUCAGACUGUCUGCUCUGGUCUAAUCCUGUACUGAUAGUACCUUCCCAGUAUGAUAUUGUGAUGUUUCAUACAAUACAGUGAACAUAACCAACUUGUUAUCUUCAAUAAAGGAUUGCUAAAAUGGUGAGAGGCCCUAUUUUGUGGGAAAAUAAAGAAAAAAAUAUUCAGUUCUGUAAUAGGAAAUUCCACAUUGUACGUGUAUUGUGAUCAUGAACUAUAAGAAGUAAUGAACUUGGGCUUUUAUUGCAAUGCUUGGAUUCAAAUAGCAAUCAUGCAUCAGUAAUGUACAGGUUGAUAAACAAGACCAGUAAUGUGCAAAUAGAUGUAAUCCACAAAUUAAAAUCUGUACAUUGAAACAAAAACAGUGCAAAAGAAUUUAAUAUGGAUUGAAUGUUCAGAAGAUAACAGGUCUCUUUAUAACACAUUGAUGGAAUAACUCAAACUCAUACUAAUAACAGUUCUACUGAGCAGUUCUCAAAAAUGUGAUAUUCAAAUUAUUGAGUUAACCAUAUUUCUAAUAAUAAUAGGACUGAAGAGUUUCUAAUAAUGAAACAAUCAAUAGAGAACUAAAUUAUCACUAUUUCAGUGCAUUACCCUUAGAAGCGGUAUGGUUGACCAGAUACUAUUAACUAAGCUAGAUCCAUUUUCAUUUUCAUCAACAUGCAGCUUAAGAUUUUUUAUUGCAUGUCAGAACCAGUCUUUUAUACCUAUUGAUUAUCAUAGAAACCAGAGUUUACACUGCCAUAUCUAAGCAUGUAAACUUGUUCCUUUUCCAGUUAAAAUUUUCAAAAGUAUAGAAUAAUAAUGAGUGUGCUGUAAGUAUUCAUACCGGAAUGAGAAAUCUAGAUUACUAGUCAUGCUCCCAUUUUUGAGGGGUCAGGUAAUGCUUCAAAAUAUAAAGGGAGAUAAUGCCAACGGCUAUAAGAAAUGGGAAUUAGGAACCUUCCCUCUCUCCAGUAGGAAUUUUUGCUAAAUCUAGUCAUUUCCAUGAGUGGGAAGAGCCUUUCCAUUCACUAAAGAAAUGCUACAGAUCCAAACCAGUAGAUAUGGACGGGUGAUGCCACUAAAAUACAGUUAAUCUAUUCACUAAGAUGUCCUACUUCAAAUAGUCACUCUUGUUUGUGUAAGCUUUAUUGCCAGAAUCUUGUAGAUCAAGACAAUGAGGAAAUGUGUAAGAUGAAGUGCAACCAAAACUAUUUAGUAAAAGCAGUUACUAUAACAAUAAUUUGAUGCUGUUUGCAAUUUAAUGUAGGAAUUAAAUCUGUCAAAUAUAUUUAUAAUAGGCUCAUACUUAUUGCCCUGAAACUCCAUAUGGCAACACUGUUUAAAUUAAUAGCUACUUUGCUAUUUCCUGUAAAGUACUGGAUUACUUGAAAUAUGUGCUACAAGAGGCUUUGACUCAAGUUUGAUACAUUAGAUGAAUAAAGCUGGGCUUCAUUUUAUGGCAGUAGUCCCAGUUGACUUGUCUCUAUAGAACAAACUGCUGCCAACCAUAGUGGGAUGUGUUCAUCUUACUUGUAGACCACAGGUGUCAAAGUCGAUCACGUCACGUGACAUAUCACGAUUUUUUUUGCCUUUGAGGAGCCAGGGUGGGCGUGGCCUGUGCUUGACUCAUCUGGUCACCAGUUUGACACCCCUGUGAUAGACUGUCAGUUCUACUGAAAGUUGAUCUUAAGCUACAUCUUAGCUUAUUUCUAAAUUAAGCCUUUCUACAAUGCUGUUACUACCGCUGCCAGCUGAAGUGGUUGAUUAUGUAGUCUACUAUUGUACAUAUUUUAUUUAAAAGUUAACAAAAAAGCCUUAGAAUAUCAAAUUUGGUUUUCAUGCUAAAUAAAGGUAAUUCUGAUGAACCUGCAGCUGUGCAAACCCACUUAAAAAUUCAGAUGAUCUAUGCAGAAAAGGUUGUGUGCAACAUCUCAUGGUGUGAGAUUGGUGGGUUUGUUCCUCCAAUACCAGUGUAAGUAGUUUCCUUUUGUUUAUAUUCAUAAAAACCACAAAGAUUUCUUUGAUGAACUGUUGUAGAUUUCAAAUAGUCAUUAUUUAGUACUGGAUAAAGUGAAACAUUUGCCAUUCUAGCUGUUAGGUUCUGGCUUACCUCUUGUGUGAUUUGUUUUAGAUUUUGAUAUUGAUGGAAAAAAAACAAAUCUGAUCUACAAUUAUUUGGGUUCUUUAAUUUUAAAAUUACCAUAUAACUUUUAUACUGAAGUCUUGUAAGAGAGAUCAUAGAGGGAGAUUGAAGCUAGAUCAACUUUAUAUUCAAUCGAGUUAACACAAUAAGAUUUUUUAUGGAUUCUAAAUUGGUGAGAUCUGUAAAUGGCAGAUUUAUGUAAGGUUUUGACUGAAUAGGAUUCAUUUUGGCAUUGUAAAGAACUUAAUCUGUUACCAACAUUACUCUCUGGCACUAUAGCUUCCUCAUGUUUUACAGCUGCUUUCUUGUGCUCUUUAUGGUCUGUAAAUAAUCACUUUAACAUCAGUCCAGCUUUGUCCAAGCAAUCAACUUUUGGAUGUGUUUGAUUACAAUUCCUUCCCCAUCAGCCAAAACAACCAUUAUAAUGUUGUGAACUUAGUCCAAAACAUUCAGGCAAUUCCAAUUGGGGAAGACUGAUCUUUUAAAGAUCCUGUUUACAUAGAAAACCAUGUAACCUCCAUUUGAUGAAGCUGUAACAUUCUUUGAUGCCUGGGGUGUCUGUAAAUGUGUGAAUCUGGUGCAUGUCAAUCUGUUCAUAAGUAUAAACAUACUGUUUGUAUCAUAA